AUGAAGUCCAUUGGCGUUUUCCCGGCUUCAGGUGGCCUGGGCGGUAGCACAUACGAAUACCUUCGCAAGCUUAUACCCAACGACCAAAUUAUUCUCAUCAACAGGUAUCCAGAGAAGGUUCCGAAAGAGCAUAUUGAGAACGGUGUCAGGGUUCGCAAAGCAUCAUAUGAGUCAAGUCCCUCUGACUUGGAAGCGGCCUUCGCUGGCAUCGAGGUACUCUUCCUCAUUUCUUACCCGAGCCAUGUGCACGACUACCGAAAGAAAGUACAACUACCAGCUAUUGAUGCAGCUCGCCGUGCAGGCGUAAAGCACAUAUUUUACAGCUCUCUCGCAUUCGCCGGCGAUUACCAAGACUCGUCAUUGGCAGAGGUGAUGCAGGCGCAUCUCGACUCAGAACGUCACCUUACUGAAGCGGCUGCUUCCGACCCAAGCUUCACAUUCACAUCCGUCCGUGAGGGUCUCUACUCAGAAUCAUACCCAAUCUACACCGCGUUCUUCGACAUAAACGCACCGGCUGAUGAGAUACUUAUCCCGCAUGACGGAUCGGGCCCAGGUGUCGCAUGGGUGAAGCGUGCGGAGUUGGGCGAAGCGACAGCGAAGCUGAUUGCUAAUUACUCAUGGGACCCGGAUCAGUUCCCGUACGUCAACAAAAAGAUCCUUCUUACUGGGCCUAAGGUUUGGUCACUUGAGGAGACGGUAAAAGUUCUCAGCCAAGUCGCUGGCAAAGAUGUUCGCAUUCGCCAGGUGGAGGUUGAUGAGUAUGUCAAGUUGCCGCAGGUACUCUCGGUAUUCGGGUCAAAAGACAAGGCGCGAACGUGGGCGACGGCUUGGGAGGCGAUUCGCGCGGGUGAGACUGCUGUCGUGACGGAGCAUCUGAGAGAUAUCAUUGGGCGUGAGCCAGAGCCUUUUGAUGUUACCAUCAGGCGCUUGAAGACGACGUGA